AUCUAUGUCGGAUCAUAUAACCGAAGUACAUUUUAAAAUACUUAUCUUAACGUUCGGUUUUUUUUCUUUUGAACAUGGCGUCAAAGCAACUUAGCCGAGAAGAGCUCGAUGAGAAGGCGAAGCAAGGAGAGACCGUCGUAGAAGGUGGCACCGGCGGCAAAAGCCUCGAGGCUCAAGAGCAUCUUGCUGAAGGAAGGAGCAAGGGAGGGCAUACGAGGAAGGAGCAGCUAGGGCAUGAAGGGUACCAGGAGAUAGGCAGCAAAGGAGGAGAGACAAGGAAGGAGCAGCUAGGGCACGAGGGUUACAAAGAAAUGGGACAUAAAGGAGGAGAGGCGAGGAAGGAGCAGUUAGGACGCGAGGGUUAUCAAGAAAUGGGACAUAAAGGAGGAGAAGCCAGGAAGGAGCAGUUAGGGCAUGAAGGUUAUCAGGAAAUGGGGCGCAAAGGAGGACUCAGUACGAUGGACAAAUCUGGUGGAGAGCGUGCGGAGGAGGAAGGGAUUGAGAUCGACGAGUCCAAGUUCACCAACAAGGGGAAGUAGCUACGAGCUACCGGAGUGCCGCUGCCAGUAGUCCGUAGUAUAUAAUAUGAAUAAGUAACCUCUAGGUUUUGUGGAGGGCAGCGAGGGUUUUAACUAGGGUUUUGUUUUAAUGUAUUCCGUUUAGUGUUUUUAUCUCAUGUGUGUGCUAUAACUAGGUACGGUUUGUACUUACGGCAAGAUUGUAUCUCUCGAAUGUUUUGGAGUUUUUUGGCGAGGGUGCAAUCAAAUGAAAUGCAGUGGUUUGAAAUUGUGGGUUUU